AACUGAAUACAUGGAUUUUUCUAAUUGGCGUACCGCCCGGAUGCUCUACUUUGCGUGCAAAAUUUAAAAACCAUUUGGAGUGAGCUACGAGAACUCGAAGACUGUUGACUCUCUAAAAUAAAAUAACAUAUAAGGCAGCCAUGGCUCCCCAGAGGAAGAAAACAAAACCAGCCAUAACAAACCAGAGACGGGCCCAAAUCCAUGCUUUUCUCGAGGACUUCGACGCAGAAGUGAAGACCAGGGUUCUGCUUAUGAAGGAGCAGCAGAUGCAACUGCUGACGGAGAUUGACAACAGAUACAACAUGGCCAUCAUCAAGCUUCCCAAGGCCGUCAGGCAGAUGAACUGGCUGCUCUACUUCAAUCCAGAGAAACCUCAAUCCCCAGAGGUGGACGACUCAAAGAGAGAAGAGGUUCCUGAACUGGAGAACGUUCUGGUUGAGAACCACACGGCCGCUCCUAAAACGCUCCAGAAGUCGUCCAAGAAGGCCAAGUUUAGUUCAGAAGACGAGAACACGGCACCUCAGACCACGACCAAGAAGGGCAAGUCCAAGAGGCCCCCCGUCACCUCCAAGAAGACCAGGGUCCAGUCUAUCCUCGGGAUGGCCGCCUCCACCAGGAAGUCCACCAGUAAGCAUUUAAUCAUUCCCACCAGAAACAUGCGUGAGUAUUCUACGAUGACGGGCUCCACUCCUCUCAUCACACCCCGCUUCGACCCCAGGCUUCCUGAGACCCCCGCGGUGAGGGUCCCCCGACAGAAAGAGCGGGUCUACAGCAUCUCCGUCAACGGCUCUCCCAUACAGUCCAGCACCAAGGACAUCAUCAUCAACGUUCCCAUCGGCAACGGAGAGAGCAUCCAGCUGCUGGCCAGCCAGAUGAACAGUGUGGACCUGUCGUCCCUGGAUGCGACGGCCCUCCAGGGCAUGAGAGACCUGCAGACUCAACUGGCCACACUCUGCCGGCAGAGAGAAUAAGUUCGACCCAAAUGACAGAUUUGUAAAUACUGUAUUUUACCGUUUCAUUGUUUUUACGUUUUAUGUUAUGUUUGAUAGGCUUGAAGUGCACUUUUUUUUUACAAAUAUUUGUACUGGCUACAUAAAGAACCAGAUGUCAAAUAUUAAAAGAAGUCCCAUAAAAUUGCACUCAGUAUUUGCAAUAUUAUAGGGUUGUGUAUGUAUAAUGAGGUUGUACUAAAUUACUUUACUUUGAGUUUAUUAAAGUAUAUUUUCAGCCCUCUUUGCA